UGAUUUAAUAUUAGAUAAUGCUGCAUAUCUUUAUAAGAGAAAAAAACAAUAAAAUAUUCAGAUAAAAGAAAAAAAUAAUAAUUCACGUAUGGGUAAUAUCAAUAAAAUUCAUACGUUUUUUUAUCAGGAUUGUGACCCAUUGCGUGGAUAUACUAUGCCGAAUUCCUUUAGAAGUAAGAAUGUGAUGAUAAAUCCCAUACCGAGUACAAAUGGUCCAUAUAGAGAACUUAAAAAGAAUUAUAAUGUGAAGGAAAAACCCAUUAAAUUUGACCUAUUAAAUCAUAUUAAUGGCAGAAAACUCAAAUUAAAUGAAUUUUAUUUACCUUCUCCCAUUUAUUUCUCCCAUUUAUUUCUUUGGGCUUUUGGGACCAUUUAAGAAAUUUAAUAAGUUGUCCGAAAACGAAAAGCAAAAUUAUAUUAUCUAAUUUGUCUCUUGUAAACCUGGUCCUGUUUCACUCUCUUUCCCCUAAGUCUUGCCGAAAAGUUUGUCACUUAUUCUGCCAUUUCGGUUUGUUUGCUUACUUAAACAACUUUCUGUGUUAAUCGUUUUUCUUUAUCUUCUUUUGGCAUGUAGUAAUCUUUUCUAUAUUCUUUCUUUCACUGAAACCGAGGCGGACAUUGUUCUAAAAGAGCUGACAUAUUGUAUUGUUGCUACUGCUUAAGAAGUAUAACCCACCAAUUUCAGAAAAAGAAGUAUAACCCACCAAUUUCAGAAAAAGAAUUCAGCGAGUAUUUCUUCAAAUUCUAAACAUUUAAAAAAAAAUAAUAAAUCUGCAGUUUUAUUAAUUUAUCUAAAAUAAUGCUUUCUUCAUCAUCAAUUUCUUCCUCUUGUGCUCGAAUAUCACAAGCAAUUCCUUGUUUUGUUUCUUCUUUAUCCUUUAGCUCUAUAAAGUAUUUUAAGAAAGACAAUAACAAAAAUGUUAAUGAAUCCUAUGUGAUGAAUAGGUCUAAAGAUUGCGAACAAUCAACACAUAUUUCAGGUUUGAUGUUGCCAUUGGAGUACAGAGAUCUGAUCAUGGAAGACAAAUCCGGCAAGAAGCUGCUCCGGUCGAGUACAGUGAUAAGUACCUUUACAAUUGUUGUUUGUUUAGUAGCUUUAUCUCUUAUAAUCAUGCUAUCAGUUAAUUAUCAAGAUCGCAUGUUCAAUCUCAUCGAGAAUGUCAGGGUCAUUGGAGGGAAAGCCUUAAAUGUUACACAGUUUGGUAUUGAUUUUAAAUCUGAUUCCUCUCAACCUGCUGGCACUUCUGAUGAUGCACUGCUUGACGGAUUACUGGCUUCAGGAUUUGAUCAGGAGUCCUGCUUGAGUAGACACCAAUCUGUUCUAUACCGCAGACCUUCGCCCAAAAAGCCUUCUCCAUACCUCCUUUCAAAACUGCAGAAUUAUGAAAAUCUUCAUAAGCAGUGUGAACCUCACUCAGAAUCCUAUAACAGGACAAUUGAAGUGCUUAAUUUCAGAAACAUUUCUACUGCUGCAGGGUGUAAUUACAUAGUGUGGAAAGCUGAAGCAGGCUUGGGGAACAGGAUAUUAACUAUGGUUUCGGCAUUUCUCUAUGCUCUCCUUACUAACAAAGUUUUGCUCGUUGACCAUGAGAAUGACAUGGCUGAUCUCUUUUGUGAGCCAUUUCCUUAUACGUCAUGGUUGUUGCCUCUGGACUUCCCCUUGAAGAAUGAUUUCAGAGCAUUCAAUCAAAGCCAUCCACAUACUUUAGGAAACAUGAUAAAGAACAACAUGGUUAAUGCGUCGAUCGAUUUGCCGGCAUCACAUCUAUAUCUUUUUCUAGCUUCUGGUGUUAGUUCUUUUGAUAAGCUUAUUUACUGUGAUGACAACCAAGCCCUUCUUCAAAAAGUCCCUUGGUUGAUCUUGAAAUCGGAUGAAUACUUCGUUCCAUCUUUCUUCUUGAUGCCAUCAUUUCAGGAAGAGCUAGAAAAGAUGUUUCCUGACAAAGAAUCAGUUUUCCACCACUUGGGAAGAUAUCUUUUCCAUCCUUCAAAUAAGGCUUGGGGACUUAUCACUAGGUUUUAUCGCUCUUACUUAGAAAAGGCAGAAGAAAGAAUUGGUAUGCAAAUAAGACUGUUCAACCCCAAUGCUAGUCCCUAUCAAAAUAUCAUGGAUCAAAUUUUAGCUUGCACUUUUCAGGAAAAUUUGCUCCCACGAGUAGAUAAACAAAAGGUCAUAGCUUCUCGUUUGAAAAACAAGACAUCAAAGGCUAUACUAAUAGCAUCUUUAUAUUCAGAAUUCUAUGAGAAUAUGACAAACAUGUAUUGGACAUUUCCAACUUCAACAGGAGAGGUAAUUGGGGUUUACCAGGCAAGCCAUGAAGAGUACCAACACUUUGGGGAUAAUAUGCACAAUUUGAAGGCAUGGGUUGAAAUAAAUCUCUUAAGUUUUAGUAAUGUGUUGGUAACUAGCUCUUGGUCAACCUUUGGCUAUGUGGCACAAGGACUUGGAGGUUUGAAACCAUGGAUUCUGUACAGGCCUGAGAAUUGGAAGAAAACAGAUGCAGCUUGUCUUCAAGGCAUAUCAAUGGAACCUUGUCUCCAUAUACCACCCACUUAUGACUGCAAGGCGAAGGUGAAUGCUGACAUGGGCACAAUAGUUUCUUAUGUAAAGCACUGUGAGGAUGUAACUUCAGGGCUUAAGCUUGUUAACAAUUAUAACCAUUAUAGUUAAAAAAGAGUAGGGGAAAUUUGACCAUACAUGCUUGUGAUUUUAAAUAGUUAUUUAAGUAGGUUCUUUUUUCCAGAAAAAGUAGAGGAUAUAUUUUUAUUUGUUAGCAAAAGAUAAUAUAUCAUCGUAACUGUGUGAGUUUCUGUCA